GCUCAAAUUGCUUCCAAACUGCUCAACUGCCAACUGCCAAACGGAUGAUGACACCAUGCUAACAUGGCAUGCAGCCACGAGGCAACGUCGAGGAACACAGGAAGAGCACUGUACAACCUCACUGUUGUCAGAGUUGCUUGAUAGCGUACACACUGCACAAUGCAUCUCGUCUUUAAUGUAGGACUGGAGCCAUUUCACCUACAGAAUGAGUACGGAGGAGCAAUUCUGUUUGUGGUGAUUGCCUGUCUGACACUGUCUCCAUUGGCAUUUCUGUACGUGGCGAUUGCGGUGACAUGCUCUGUCCUCAACUUCCUGAUCGCACAUGCAUCGAUGCAAAAGUCGGACGUUCUGACUUGCGUAGUGGAGGCACUGCACAUUUGUGGUCAAGCCACGCUUUAUUUCUCCCUCUACUUUCCAUUCGUCAUGGGGGUUCUUUCCACACAUGUAUCUUAUCAGACGCCAGUGGACCAGCAGAGGCGGCAAGAAACAAACACAAGGAUACGACCUGCCCACUUGCGUGCCUUAUCUCAAAGCUUGGAACCUUGGACUAUGAAACUUGAAGUUGACAAAAUGAUUGAGGAUAAGGGGGCUGGGGGUUCACGGGUUGCAACUCGCUAUUGGAAGGUGCCCGCGCCAGGGAUCACAGCAACAGGUUAUUCUACUGGGGGCAGAAAUAAUGAUGUGUGGAAUCCGAAAAUGGGGAGAAGACUGGUUGCAAGACAGGAAUGCUCCAUCUGUAUGAAACGGUUUGAGUUUGAAGAGACCAUCGCGUGGUCAUCCAACCAACUCUGUAUUCAUAUCUUUCAUUCCGAUUGUAUCCUCAAGUGGACGGCUCUUGGAGGAACACCCCCAAACAAUUUUCAAUCUUGUCCUUGCUGUCGCCGAAUAUUUCUGCUGACUUGACGAUAGACAACAUCGCCGGCACGUGAGUGGGUACUUACUACUACCCGCAAGCAAGUUUUGGCAAUCAACACGUUGGUGAAAGCGUACUCUUCUCAGAGUUGACGAUCAGAGAGAGAGAGAGAGGGAGCAUCGGUGUGACCAGCCGCCUCCCUUGUCGUCCUGCCAGGCAAGGCAUCUUAUUAAUACUUCCGCGUAGUCGAGUCGUCGAGGAAGAAGAAUCGAGCCGGCCUCCAAAGCUGAGGUUUCAAAGCCUCCGCAUCGGCAAGGAGCAAUUGCCAGAGCGGUCUGUACGAUACUGGUACUACAUACCGGUACUACUAGCUAGUAAUAAUCACGAGAACUUCGCACCGUACCGGUAGGUGCAGUUUCCGUGCGGUAGGUUGCCGCCAUAAUAAUUUUGCGAGAGGGUGUGACUUGAUGAGGCGUACUAAUAUCGGAACAGCUAUGGGAGCCUUGUGUGACAAAGGAACCAAGCCACCGGCGAAACCAGGAACGCCAACAAUGCAUCACACCAGGAGUAAACCAUUCGUAGCAAAUGCAACCAAGCCAAUGAGUUAGUUGCUAUUCUGCGAAGCCUAUCUCCAAAUACAAAAGAACAGCACUCCGAAAGUGUAAUUAUGCAAGCCUAGAACUAGACAU